CCGCCGUUUCCGGGGGCCGCGGACAGGGCGGGGGUCGGGUGCGGCGGUUCUAGUGCCUCCCCCCGCCUGGGGAGUCCCAGAUCUGCUGCCCCGGCUGAGGCCCUGUCCCGUAUCGCGCCAUCCCCGGGACCCAGGCCUCGCGGUGUCGUUCCUCCCCUCCUCUCGGGCGCGGAGGACGCCCACAAAAGCCGCCGCCUCUGGGCCUGCCGCACCCGGCGCUGCCUCCUUCCCUCCCACGGCAAGGCCCAGGCGGCCUGUGCCCCGGGGCUCUGGGGUGGGCCAGGCCUGAGGGUGGGCCCUUGGCGCCAGCCUGGGCCCUGGCACGGACGCUCAUCGGGAGCCCCACUGCCCUCGCCGCAGGAGAGACUGAGCUGGGAAUGGGGAGAGGGCGACGAGGGGUGCAGGCCCGCCUCCGAGAUGAGCUAAUCUCUCUGGCCUCACCGGCUGGCCUAAGCCGCUUUGGGCCCCGACCCGAGGUGGCCGAUCCGGCCUUGGGCUGGGCUGUUCGCCCAAAUCUGGCGCGGCCCAGGCCGGAGAGGAUAGCCCCGGCGCCGUAGGGGAACAGACCCUGUACCUGGAAAUGAGAGGCUGGUGUGGGAAUUCUGCAAGCAGCCAGGCCUGGGCAGCCUGCAGAACCAGUUUGGGUAAGGGGCUGCUCACCAGGGCAAGGGGUCUGGGUAAGCCUGGCUUCAGCACCCUGUGUUCUCCUCUCCCCGUUAGGCCUGAGUCCAGCCUCCAAGACUGACCCAUCUCAGCCAGUUCUGGGUUGCUUCUAAUAUAUGUCCAGGCUGGCUGGCCGAGCACCUACUGUGUGCAGUCCAGUGUAACAAUACGGUGGGCCAUCUGUGGGGCUUGCCCUGGGCCUGCAUCGCUCAGUGCCGGCACAGCCUUCUGAGGAGGGUUACCAGACGAUCUGGCAAGUGCAGAAACUGGCCCAGAGAGGUUAAGUAAUAUUCUGAAGGUCACACAGCUGGUUUGGAGAGAGGUGGGAAUUAGACCCAGAUUUGAAUUCUUGCCACUGCACUAUCUGCUUCCCCGGCAUGGAGGGUAGCGGCAGGGAUGGGUGGGCGGGGAGAGAGAUGAGAAUUGGAGAGUGAGGUACAAAACCUCCCUGUCAAAAACAAUAAACAAACAAAAACAACCCAACAAAAAAAACCUCUCUGUCCUGGGUCCUGUGGGGCAGCAGCUGCAGAGGGGUACCUGGAAAUGGGUGGGGAUGAGGGGAGCACACAGGGCGCUGGGCUGGGCCCUCCCCGGGUGGAAAAGCUGGCGGGGAGGACGCGGCUGAGUCACUGCGGGCCCCUCGCUGCAGCUCGGACUAGCGCCUCUGCCAGGCCCGGCCCGGGGGAGGCCACAAGGCUUCCAGUGCGCCGCCGUCCGGGAAUGUGACCAGCUGACCAGGGAGGGGGCCGGCAGGAAGUGAGGCCACCCGGCCGCCUCCGCCCGGUUCCGGGGUGGGGGGGUCCCAGGCCGCACCGCGCCCCCCUCCCUCCCUGCUCCCGCAGCUGCGGCAUGAUGUCAGCAGCCGGGUUUGGGGCAGUUGCCAUGGAGACAGGGGCAGGCUCAGGAGGGACCCCAUUCUUCCUUGAAGCCGCCCCUUGCCCGGGUUAUUUUUAGCGUCUGUUUACCUCAGUCCUGGGCAGCCCUGCGGUGGGGCGGGGCCGGACCGGAGACUCCCGGGAAAGCGGCUGGCCUGGCAUACCACUGAGCUGGGCCGCACAGGUGGCGGGACCUCCUGAUCCACGCAAGUGCACCAGUUUUGGCGUGUAGAGGGUAUUAAAGGCCGCGGGAUCUGGGGCCACGCAAGCGGGCAGAGUUCCAUUCCUAGCUGCCCUGAGCUGGCUAUGCUGCAGGCCCCAUCACCCUUGAGACCUGGGUUCUUUCCCAUGUCCAGAACAGACUUCAGGGCUGCCAUAAGUCCAGAUAAUCCCCUGGCUCUUAUCAGCCAGCCCCCACCAACACCAGUUGAGGUGGCCCCUCUCCCUUAGCUCAAGGGGUUCAGCUCUUUCCCUUCCCCCACCCCCAGCAGGGGAGAUCCUGCCUAUUCACCCCCUGGAAUUGUCACUUAGAUUGAUAUUCUAAUGGUCAUUUAGACCAACAGUUAUACAUCCUGGUCCCUGUGGCAGAAGCCCAGAGAAAGAAAAUUGAUGGGACACUCAGCCUACUCUGAGUCCAGCCCACCUACUCAGUUCCAGAAUCCCAGGGAACCCCCACCCAGCCCCAUUCUCAGAGGGCAGAAGCCCACCUGCUGAUACAAUCAGAAAGGAAGGAAGGGAAAAGGAAAUUGUCUAUGAGGUAGAGGAGUUGGGGUAGAUAGAGACUUGAAAUCUACCCCUCCAGCAGCUCAGGAUCUACCUGUAUCUGGGCAACCCAGUUCAGUCAGCCCCCAACUCAUAAUCAGCUCCUGCCUUCCUUCAUUGCUUUGGUGCAGGGCGCAGAGGGUACAGCAGUGAGCAAAGCAGACAGGCCUCAGCCCCCAGAGUUCACAAUCUGGUUGGAAGACAGACCCUAAAGGGGAACUGACAACUGAGUUAUGUGGCCUCAGGGAUCAGAGAGAGGAAACUAUGAGGCACCUUAAAGGGGGACCCAAUCCAAGGCAGGCUUCUUUGAGGAAGAAGUAGUAGGGUAAGACUUGAAAAAAGAGAGGGAGCUGGUCAGGCUGAGAGUAGUGGGAAGAGGAUAUAGGAUCAAUGAGAGCUGCUGCUUAAAUGCUGAAGAGCCUACAGGCAUGGGGAGAAUUCACAGUAUCUGGAACAGAACAAUCAUGGGGGGAACAGAGGGGAGGAGGAAGGUAUAUGAGGGAAGGGACAGAGCCUGAAGGUCUUGUGGGUCAUGUUAGAGAGUCUGGACUUUAUCCUUGGGGUAGAGGAAUGCCCAUGGAUGUUUCACAAGAGUUAGAAUGGAGGGAAGUUAAAGAUUUAGAGUCCUGGGGUUUGAAUCCUGGCCCUACCACUUAACAGCUGUGUAAUCUCGGGCAGAUUAAUAAUUGUUAAUAACAUCAGUUAACAUUUGUUGUGUGUUUACAGUGAGGUACUGUGUCCACCCCAACUUCUGUACUCCACAUACAAUUCUCCCUUCCCCGAACACUCCCAGUAGAGGAAGUAUCUCAUUUCAUCAUCCCAACAGCCCUGUGAGAUAGUUGUUAUUAUUACUGUUGUUAUCCUCAUUUAACAGAUGGAUACCUGCAGCCCCAAAAGGUUAAGAAAUGUCUCGCCCAAAGUCACACAGCCAGUUAGCCUCAGGUUUCUCACCUGUGAAGUGGGACUAAUAGGACACACCCCGUAGGUUUGUUGCCAGAAUUAAAUGAGAUGAUGUUUGUUAAUUAAGCACAGUGCUUGGCAUAGAAAUCACUUGAUAAAGGACAGUUUUUAGCAUUGUCAGGUGACUGGAAUUUCAAGAGGGGCAAUGCUGUUGUUGAAUAGAUCAUUGUGGGUUAGCAUGGAGACAGGGAACCCAUUAGGAAGCUGCUGUAGGGUUCUAGGUGAGAAUUGGUGAUGGCUUGGCCUUGAGUUCUAGCUAUAGGGGUGGAGGUGAGGGGGCAGAUUCCAGAGACGGCAGGAGUUGGGUGGCUGAGUAGAUGUGGGGGUAACAGAGGCUGAGGGAUCCACGAUGAUUCCUAGUUUCUGUCUUGAACAACUGGAUAAAUAGAUGGUGGGGCUGUUGGGGAGAGGUUAAGACUGGGGAGAGUCAGGUUUGAGGAGCAAAGUGGUGACUUUAGUUUGGGGCCUUCAAACUUAGCACAUCCCUAAUAACCCACUCCACAUUGUCACUCAGCUUCCAGGAGGUAUCCAGCUGGAUAAACAGGCCUGGUGCUCAGAAGAACGGUUUGGGCAAGGAAGAGACAUGGAAGCUGGCAAACUUUAGAUGGCAUUAAGCUGUGGGAGAUGUACCCAGCCCAUGAGUGGGGAGGAUGAGGCCCAUUCAGGGAUGGGGAGAAAGGCAGAUCCUCUGGGAAAAUAAUAAUGUGCAGCCAGAGCAAUAGGUGGAAAGCCAGAGGCACGUUGUCUCUUGAAAUCCAAGACAAGGAAAGGCUCAAGGAAGAGGAAGAGAACUACACAGUGAAAAGCUUUGCUGAGAUCAAGCAGGAUAAGGACCAAACAUUGGACACUGGAUUCAGCAAUGGGGAAGUCACUGGUGACCUUGUCCAGACCAGUCAGGGGAGUACUGGGUAUAGAAGCUGUACCAAGAUAGGAAGAAGAGUGGGUGGGUUUGGAGAGGAAAUGGAGGUAGACACCUCUUCAAGAAACUUGGCUCUAAAAGAGCCAAAUAGGGUGAGGGGUAGGGUAGCUAGAAAGAGGCUGGGAGUCCACAGAGGGGUCAUUUUUUUUUGUAGUUAUUUAUUUAAAGUUAACUUUAUACUGAAAUAUAAUAUUCACACAGAAAGGGUACAUGUCCUAACUGUACAGCUCAGAAGACAUUUUCACAAAGGAACACACCCAUAUAGGAUCAGGAAAUACAACCCAGAUUAGGAAACAGAACAUAAUCAGUACCCUGUCAGCCCCCUUGCGCUCCCUUCCAGUCACUACUCCCCAGGGGUAGUGUCACUACUAUUAAUAGUCACUACUAUUCUGACUUCUGUCACCAUAGAUUAAGUUUAACUGUUUUUGAACUUUAUAUCAAGGAACUCAAACAUAUAUUCUCUUUUGUGGUCUUGUUUUUUUCACUCAACAUUAUGUCUGUAGGAUUCAUCCACAUCGUUGCAUGUGGUUGUAUAUUGUCCAUUCUUUUUGUUGUAUAGCAUUCCAUUAUCUACUGAUGGGCAUUUGGAUGGUUUCCAAGGUUGUUUUCAUCUUCUAUGUGGGAGUGACUUGAGCUUGUUUGAGGCUUGUGGAGAAAGUCUGAAACACUCAUCUUCCAUGGAAAGGGAGAGAGAUGGCUAAGGUCACACAUGAGGAUUUCCCGCAUGGGAAACAAAAGCCUGGCUGAGGUUGAGAUUUGCUCUUUUCCAGCCCAGCUGCUGUGCCAAGACCUCUGGCAGCUCCCGCCAGCCUGUGCACAGGUGCAGAGAAGGCAGGGGGUUAGGUUGCCCAGGGUUGGUUUCUGCCAGGUAAUAGAGAAGCCCAGGGUGCUGGGGAUAUUGGUAGCAGGCGAGCAAGCUGGAGUGGUGGCUGCAGAUCCAGGCUGGUGAGAAGGGUGUGCAAGGAAGGUAGAGAAGAGAAGGUAGGAGGGAACUGGCAGACAGAAAGGAAGCAGAGGCGGAUUGUGAGCUCCGUGCAGGGCAAUGUCUGUGCAAUUCCAGCUGUUAUCUCCAGAGACUUGCAUAGGGUUGUCACUUGGUAAAUAGUUGAAUAAAUGAGCUGAGGUCUCAAGAGGUCACAGGUAGAAGGCAGGUGAGGUGGGGGUGAUGGAGAUGUGGUUCUGAUUUAGGAAAGGGUCAUUCCAGAGCCAGGUGAUGAGACUGAGGUGUUCCCAUGGAGGGUGGCUGCACGGAGCAGAGAGGCCAGUGUUGGGUGGGCAAUCCAUGGGAAUGCAUAGCUGCCAGCAUAGGGUGCACAGCAUCCAGUCUUCAAGGAGGGAGGGGGAGAGAGCAUUUCUCAAACUAGGAUCCUUGGACAUCUUGCAUCUGAAUCUGUAGGGGGGUGGUGGGCUGGUUGGAAAUGCAGACCCCUGGGCCCACCCCAGCCUCUUGGGGAAAAAGUAAGCCCAGUGCAGCAGAAUUGAGCAUCAAGGAGCAAGAGUGUUUAUGGGGUGGGGGAGCACCCAGGCCAUCUGAGAGGAUGAGAUGCUCAAUGGACCCUGAGUAUGGUGGCCUUUAUCCAGGCUAGAGUUGGAUAGGGAUAGUCAAUAAAGAGAUACUGGGGGCAAGAAAGGGCCAACAGCAAGGGGAUUCAGCCCAUGUGAGGUGGGGGCCAGAAGGAUGGGGCCUCUGCCCUAGGAUGCAGCUUCUGCCAGAGAGAAGGCCCUGAUUGGGGAAUGGGACCGGAUCCUCUCGCCUGUGGCCUGGGGGUAGAGAGGGUGUCCAGACUGAGCAUCCCCUCUGAGGGUGGAGGGAUGGGGGUGGUGCAGGGUGCUAUGGGACUCUCUGCACCCAGUUGCUUCUCUUCCUUCUCUCGGUGGCAACACAUAAUAUGGGGUUGAUCCAGUUCCCCACUUUUAGCUCCUUCUCAGCCUCCAAACCCCCUCAUGCUCAGUGCUUCUCUGCCGUCCUUUGGCACAGCCCCUACAGUUAGCACCCCCAGCCCUUCCUUCUACUCUCUCAGCCCCUGCUCUCUAGCCUUCACACACUCAGAACCCCAACUCUCAGCCCUCUGUCCAGCUCUCUCUCAGCACUCCUCAACAGCCACACUGUGAGCCCCCUGUGCUAACUGCACCCAAUUCAGCCCCACACGGUGUCCUCACUCUGUUUAUCCCUCCAUAUUCACCGCCGCCCUCGACUCCCUUUACCCACAGUCCUGACCCAGCCGAGAAGACCCCUGUCAGUCCCCUGCCUGUGGGGAACCUCCAGUCACCCCUCCCAGAGGCUGGGAGGGGGGCCAAGGGCCAGGUGCCCCCGUGGUCCGGCGGGUCCCGCCCCAUCCCGGCGGGCUGAGUCAGGCGGCAGGAACUGGGCGGGGGGCGGCGCCAGGAGGAGCUGAAGCAGGAGCCAGAGUCGCUGGGAGCGAACGCGGAGCCCAGCCCGGCCGGCACCGAGUGGCCCUGGGCCGGCGGGGACACGGGGGGCAAGCACGGAGCUUGGAGGGCUGUCCCGGACUUACCAUGAACUCCAAGAAGAGAGGGAGCCCUGCGCGGACUCAUUCCAUGAUGUCCCUGUCGGUGCGGCCGCAGCGCCGCCUGCUCAGCGCCCGGGUCAAUAGGAGCCAGUCCUUCGCAGGCGUCCUCGGCAGCCAGGAGCGGGGGCCCAGGAGCUUCCCAGCCUUCAGUCCCCCGGGGCCCCCACGGAAGCCCCCAGCGCUCUCCCGAGUGUCCAAGAUGUUUUCAGUGGCGCACCCGGCCCCCAAGGUCCCACAGCCUGAGCGGCUGGACCUGGUGUACACGACGCUCAAGCGAGGCCUGACGGCCUAUUUGGAAGUGCACCAGCAGGAGCAGGAGAAACUCCAAAGACAGAUAAGGGAGUCCAAGAGGAAUUCUCGCCUGGGCUUCCUGUAUGACUUAGACAAGCAAGUCAAGUCCAUUGAACGCUUCCUACGACGGCUGGAGUUCCACGCCAGCAAGAUCGACGAGCUGUACGAGGCAUACUGUGUCCAGCGGCGUCUCCGGGAUGGCGCCUACAACAUGGUCCGUGCCUACAGCACCGGCUCCCCAGGGAGCCGUGAGGCCCGGGACAGCCUGGCCGAGGCUACUCGGGGGCAUCGGGAGUACACAGAGAGCAUGUGCCUGCUGGAGAGUGAGCUGGAAGCACAGCUGGGCGAGUUCCAUCUCCGGAUGAAAGGGCUGGCCGGCUUCGCCAGGCUAUGUGUGGGCGAUCAGUAUGAGAUCUGCAUGAAAUAUGGGCGUCAGCGCUGGAAACUACGGGGCCGCAUAGAGGGUAGUGGAAAGCAGGUGUGGGACAGUGAGGAAACCGUCUUUCUUCCUCUGCUCACGGAGUUCCUGUCCAUCAAGGUGACAGAACUGAAGGGCCUGGCCAACCAUGUGGUUGUAGGCAGCGUCUCCUGUGAGACCAAGGAUCUGUUCACUGCCCUGCCCCAGGUUGUAGCUGUGGACAUUAAUGACCUCGGCACCAUCAAGCUCAGCCUGGAAGUCACGUGGAGUCCCUUCGACAAGGAUGACCAGCCCUCAGCCGCUUCUACUGUCAACAAGGCCUCCACAGUCACCAAGCGCUUCUCCACCUAUAGCCAGAGCCCACCAGACACGCCCUCACUUCGGGAACAGGCCUUCUAUAAUAUGCUGAGGCGGCAGGAGGAGCUGGAGAAUGGGACAGCGUGGUCCCUGUCCUCCGAAUCUUCCGAUGACUCCUCUAGCCCACAGCUCUCAGGCACUGCACGCCACUCCUCAGCCCCCAGGCCCCUGGUGCAGCAGCCUGAGCCUCUGCCCAUCCAGGUUGCCUUCCGUAGGGCUGAGACCUCCACUUCUGGAACCGUGGAUGAGGAGGGGGCCAUGGCCCCAGCCCUGGCCAAUGGGCAUGCCCCCUACAGCCGGACUCUGAGCCAUAUCAGUGAGGCCAGUGUGGAUGCUGCCCUGGCUGAGGCUUCAGUGGAGGCUGCAGGCCUAGAAAGUCUAGUCCAGGGACCCAGCCCACCUGCACAUCCAGGUCCCACACAUGGGGAGCACCCUAGUCCUGUCCCUUCUGCCCUGGACCCUGGCCAUUCUGCCAUAAGCCCCGCUCUCAGUACAACAGGCCCUGCCCACACAUCUACAGACCCUGCCCCCUCCGCACACCUAGACUCAGUUAACAAGGCCAUAAAUUCUAGCUCUCCUGAAUUGCCAGACCCCACCCACACCACUACAAGCGCCACCUCUAGUGUUGUAAGCCCUACCCAUAGUGCUCCAAGCCUUACUCACACUACCACAGUUUCUACCCACAAGACUGUGGUCUCUACCAUCACUAUUACAGGCCCUACCCCCAGUACCACAGGGUCAGUCCAGACCACCACAAGUCCCACCCACAAGCCGAUGCUUUCUACCGUCACUCCUGUAGCUCCUGUCUCCAAUACUACAGACCCAGUCCAGACCACCACAAGCCUCAGCCACACUGUCACAAACCUGACACACACUGUCACAAGCCCCACCAACAAACACGUGAUCUCUACCCUCUCUACUGCAGGCCCUACCCCCAGUACCACACACCCAGCCCAGACUACCACAAGCCCCACCCACACUACUACUAGCCCCACCCAUACUACUGCAAGCCCUACCCAUACCACCAUAAGCCCCACCCACACUGCUACAAGCCCUACCCAUACCAUAACAAGCCCCGCCCAUACCAUAAUAAGCCCUGCCAACACUACUGCAAGCUCUACCCACACCACCACAAGCAGUACCCACACUACUGCAACCCCUACCCACACAGCCAGGAUUUCAACUCACACCGCUACACCCAAUGCUAAGGACCCAGUCCAGAUCACCGGGAGUCCUACCCAUUCUGUCACAAGUCCCACGCUUAUAACUGUAAGCCCUUCCACUUUUCUAGAUCUUGCCACGCUCUCCAACCCCUCUGCAAACACAGACCCUCCCCUCCCAGGCAUCGACCCCCUGUCCUGUAGCUACCCAGCCUCCACUUCCUGCACUCAGGCAGACCCCAUAGCCCUCAGCACCUCCCACCCAAGUCCUACUUGCUCCAGUUGGGAACCCCUCACAAGCCCUUCCCCAAAACUCCCAGAAGCCAUCCGUCAGAGCCCAAGUCCCCCUCCCUCACCCCUAGCCCCUGUGCCCCAGCAUUCAGACCCUAGAGUGGCCAGGGCUGCCCAGGCCCCAGUUCCAGGGGCAGCUGGAGGUGCUGGGGACAGGAAACUGGAAGAGGCACUGGGGGCCCUAAUGGCUGCCCUGGAUGACUAUCGUGGCCAGUUUCCUGAGCUGCAGGGCCUGGAGCAGGAGGUGACCCGGCUGGAGAGUCUGCUUAUGCAGAGACAAGGCCUGACUCGCAGCCGGGCCUCCAGUCUUAGCAUCACUGUGGAGCAUGCCCUGGAGAGCUUCAGCUUCCUCAAUGAAGAUGAAGACAAUGACAGUCCUGGGGACAGGCCCCCAAACAGCCCGGAGCCUGGGGCUGAGGACAGCCUCGACUCACCUAGUGCCCGACCCCUCAGCACAGAGUGUCCAGCUCUGGACACUGCCUUGGUCCAGCAUCUGUACCACUGCAGCUGCCUCCUGCUGAAACUGGGCACAUUUGGGCCCCUGCGCUGCCAAGAGGCAUGGGCCCUGGAGCGACUACUACGGGAGGCCCGAGUUCUCGAAGCAGUAUGUGAGCUUAGCAGGCGAUGGGAAAUCCCUGCCACCUCUGCCCAGGAAGUGGUGCAGUUCUCGGCCUCCCGGCCCGGCUUCCUGAUCUUCUGGGACCAAUGUACAGAGGGACUCAGCCCCUUCAUCUGCCCCGUGGAGCGGGUGCUCCUCACCUUCUGCAAUCAGUACGGCGCCCGUCUCUCCCUGCGCCAGCCAGGCUUAGCUGAGGCUGUGUGUGUCAAGUUCCUGGAGGAUGCCCUGGGGCAGAAGCUGCCCCGGAGGCCCCAGUCAGGCCCUGGAGAGCAGCUCACCGUCUUCCAGUUCUGGAGUUACUUCGAAGCCUUGGACAGCUCCUCCAUGGAGGCCUAUGUGACCGAGACUGCCGAGGAGGUGUUACUGGUGCGGAAUCUGAACUCAGAUGACCAGGCUGUGGUGCUGAAAGCCCUGAGGUUGGCACCUGAGGGGCGGCUUCGAAGGGAUGGGCUCCGGGCCCUCAGCUCCCUGCUUGUCCAUGGCAACAACAAGGUCAUGGCUGCUGUCAGCACUCAGCUCCGGAGCCUGUCACUGGGCCCUGCCUUCCGGGAAAGGGCUCUACUCUGCUUCCUGGACCAGCUCGAGGAUGAGGAUGUGCAGACGAGAGUGGCUGGCUGCUUGGCCCUGGGCUGCAUCAAGGCUCCUGAAGGCAUUGAGCCCCUGGUGUACCUGUGCCAAACGGACACAGAAGCCGUGAGGGAAGCAGCUCGGCAGAGCCUGCAGCAAUGCGGAGAAGAGGGACAGUCUGCCCAUCGACGGCUGGAGGAGUCACUGGAUGCCCUGCCCCGCAUCUUCGGGCCCGGCAGCAUGGCCAGCACGGCAUUUUAAACUCCCCACCCACCGGCCCCCAGUGCCCCUUCCCCCCACUUUCAGGGCUUACCAGGCACUGGCAGGGAGGGUGAGGGCUGGCUCCAGACACUCCUCCCUCACAGAUUCCUAUCAAUGAAAAUCUAAUAUAUUCUCCUUUUGUCCUCGGGGUGGGUAGAGUCAGUGCCGCAGUCAAGUGCCUCACAGCCUCGGCUCAGCACACUUGCCAUAGAUCGGUGUCCCGGGCCUGGCCGUCCUGCCUCUGCCCUGCCACGUCCCUUGGUUUUGUAUUUUAUUUACAGAGUUUUACAGAAAAUAAAAAAGCAAAAUGCCUUUCCUA